AUGGUACAAACUAAUAAUCCAGUAAUUUAUACAUAUAAUUGGAGUGAUUUUUCUUUUAUUUUAGCUGCUUCAGUGGCUGUUUCAUCGUGGACAUUGGUGGCAAUAUCAUGUGAACGUUAUUAUGCCAUUUGUCAUCCAUUACGUUCAAGGACAUGGCAGACUAUAAAUCAUGCAUAUAAAAUAAUUGGUUGCAUUUGGUUUGGCAGCAUUGUUUGUAUGGCACCAAUAGCUAUUUUUAGUCAAUUGAUACCGACAAGUCGUCAGGGUCUACGAAAAUGUCGCGAACAGUGGCCAGAAGAAGCAGUUGGCUAUGAACGUUUCUACAAUAUAUUUUUAGAUCUCGUAUUGUUGGUGUUACCUUUAGGCAUUUUGUGUGUGGCAUACAUUCUAAUAACACGCACAUUAUACAUGGGAAUCAAGGAUGAAAAAGCACUUAUAUUUGGUAAUAAAAACAAUAAUGUGACCCAUGGUGCUACAGGCGAAUCCAAAAUUUACACACAAGUUGAGGCUGAAAUAAAAACACCAACUGUAUUUAAUUUGAACAUGUCGUUUCGUUAUCAGACACGUAAAGGCACUACUAGUACUUUGACAGGAUCAGGUGCAGUUGCUGGUUGUGCCAAUAAUGGCGAUGCAUUGCAAAAAACAAAUAAUUGUAAAGAAACAAAAUAUUUUGCAAGCAGCAACAGCAGCUGUACAGGAGCAGAAAAUAAGUAUUCAGCCAUGGGUUCAAUUUCACCUUCAGCAGCAGGCGUAGUAUACGGUAGAAGAGGUUUGUGUCACGAUUCUAAGGCAAACAUUCAAACGGAAACAGAAAUAUCAUUUAAGGAAACAAAAGAGCAAAGUAGUAAUCUGCAAACACAAUCAACGUUGCGUCAACAUUGUAACGAUGAUAUUUCUCAAUUUGGUGCUUGCAGUAUAGAUAAAAUAGGAGCCACUUCUGCCAUGACAACAGCUAAUAGACGUAAAUUUAUGACAAAAUCUAAUGAUGGUCGUCAACUACAAUUGUAUUGUAUGCGAUCAGCAUCUGUGAAAUCGUUGAAUCGCAAGAGUAGUCAAAAUAAAACAGAGAAUCAGGAUGCAGCAUCCUCAUCAUGCUACUCACUAAAUACAAUGCCAACAACACACAUCACUAGAUUACAACCAAGGCAAAGUUUUAAUCAAAAGCAACAGCAGUUGCAAUUUCAUCAACAACAGCAGCAAAUAAGUGAUGUAGUGGAAAAGCGAAAAUUGAAUUCAAUGCCCAGUUUACGCAUCACGGAGUCGGCACUUAGAAGAUCAAACCUCGAAAAGAAUUUGGAAAGUAAAAAACGUGUCGUAAAAAUGCUGUUCGUUUUAGUUUUGGAAUUUUUUAUUUGCUGGACACCCUUAUAUGUUAUCAACACGAUGGCCAUGUUUAUAGGUCCAGCCAUCUACGAAUAUGUGGACUAUACAACGAUAAGUUUUUUCCAACUUCUAGCCUAUUCAUCCAGCUGUUGUAAUCCUAUUACUUAUUGUUUCAUGAAUGCCAGUUUUCGUCGAGCUUUUGUGGAUACCUUUAAGGGAAUGCAUUUAAAUGGUGGCAGUUUUUGGCAUAAAAGUUCAAAAGCUACCACAAAUCUAUCAGUGGCUGGCAAUUCAAUUGCUAUGGCCAAUAGUUGUACUGUGGUGACGGCAAACACUGUCUUAGACAGUCCAAGGCUUUGAAAAAAUUGUGAAAGUGUGAGAGUGUCAAAGACAACGAAUAUAAAUUCUUUUCAACUAAAUCAAACAUCCGUUCUUUAGUUACUUUUAUAGAGGAAUAAAAAAUUUUAGAAAUAUACAAAAAUUAUAUUAAAAAUAUUCAGUAUUAAAAAAAUCCUUUAAAAUAGUGACAUUUCAUUUACAUCUUUUUUUUAAUGAAUUAAUAUUUCUUAUUUAAAAUUUAAAUUCAAUGAUUUUGAGCAAAAUAAGAGCUUGUUAAAACAAGUUGUUGCUUUAAAGAAAGUCGAGACAUUCAGCAAGAUGUUCAUUGAGUUUAAAAAAUUAAUGUAUUAUUGUUUUUAACUGAGAAGUCAAACUUCUCAAGGGUUGUAAAAUACAGAAAAUAGUUGUGAUUUUAACCCAAAAUUGAAUCAUAAAACAUAAAUCAGCAAAAUUAAUCUAAUGUGUGUAUAAACUAAUUAAAUUUUAAAUUAAAAAGUUAAUAAAAUUUAAAAAUAAUCUUUAAAAU